CAAGCUACUCAGCCCAAAUUUACAAGCCCCAAAUAACAAAGCCCAAAGAUCCAUGAAACCCCACCUAUAUGCGAAGCACCAUAUACUUCCUCCUUAAACCUUAAUGAAACACAAAAACCCUCUCUCUCUUCCAGUUCUGUCGAUCUCCGUGUUUCUUCUUACAAAAUCAAAUUGGGGUCUUUAAGCGUUGUGAUGAAUGAUGGCUUUCAGAAGCUUAAAGACGAUUCGGGCUCUCUUCCGUGCGACCCAGAUUCCAGAACCUUCGUAUCUGCUUGGAAGCUCAAGAAGCUACGCAACUUGUAUUUCAAAUGUUGCUGAAGUUUAUAACUGGAAUGCGUACUCAAGCUUAAACAAGGGCCAUGGAGUACUUCCUUGGACUUCUAGAAAUGCAAUGACGCUGCGUUCUGCAAUGGCUGUCGAGUUGCCGAUCUUCUUGGAUAAUAAAAGAUCGCUAUCCACACAAGUAAAAGCACCUGCCCAAUCAAGGCCAAUGACUCUAAGUGCUCCUACCACAACAAGUCCAGGAUUCAUCCUUGAGCCUUAUGCACCUCGUGAAAAAUUACCAUUUUUUCGGAGAUGGUUCACCAGAAGUGGCUGGAGAAGAACAAAAGACGAUAUAAUAUUAGAGCUUAGAAGUGCAUAUGCUAUUAAUAAAUUAAGGAAAGCGGGAUAUUCAAAGAAGCUAUUCUACCAAGAAGCAGUCGGUGUAUACAAGGAGAUAAAUACUCUAUUGGCAAACGGAGACAAGAAAACUCUAAGGAAAGCAGUUACUGAGAAAAUGUACUCUGAACUAAAGAAUGAAAUAAAACAGAGAGAAUCCAUAUGGAGUACAGUUCAUUGGGAAUUAAUUGAGCCAAUUGUAAAAAUACGCACCUUGCGAGCACGAGUGAUUGGUGUAGAUCCAAAAAAUCUCGAAAAGUUGUUUAUACAGCUUACACUUGAGUUUCUGUCAAAGCAGAAAUUUGAAGCAUGUGACUUUAAGGGUUCUGUUGUUUCUGGAGAUAAAACUAAGGAGGUCCUUGUCCGUGAUAUCUGGGUAUUUGAAAAGUGUCUGUUCGAUCCUAAAUCUUUCUGGCGACUGUGUGGGAGGAUUACUCUAUAAGAAAGUUAUGCUUCACCAGAGAUUUACCAUUUUGAUGAUGAAAUAAAAUUGUUGCCUAGUUUUGUAAACUUGAUGAUAAAAUUGAUAUCUGAAAGCUGAUUUCAGUAUUUGGAAUCAAAUCUUGAGCCAACUAGCACAUAGGGACAUACAGAUCUCCCGUUAUUUUUCGUACCACUCAUCUGCAGUUUUCCAGAAAUCAUUUUUGGUUUUGAUGCACUACUGUUAUUAUCCUUGUGUAUAUGGUAUGAUAGGUUUGUAAUUCGGAGUUCAGUUCAAGUAA